AUCAUAAGCAUAGUGAAAGCAAAAGCUAACGACAUUUUAAGUAAUUUAAGUGGCAGAACUGCAGAUGGAGGCUGGGUGAACAUUCACAUAAAUGCUCAUCUCCUGCUAACUAGAAUAUUAAAUUAUAGUGUUAAGUUCACUCAAAAAAUGGUCAAGGCUUUAUACCAAAAUGUUGUAUAUUACAAUUGACAAAUGAAGGAAGCUUAUAUUUUUCUGCUUCGUCUAAUCCUCUAUGAUCUUUUGAAACACUAAACUUCAGAGAGAUCCUCUGACAUGGAGCGUAAAGUGCGGGUUUGGUAACCAUUGAUGAAAAUAAAUGGUUUAUUUUGAUAUUCUUAUACGCACGUGAGUCGUGAGGCACCUCUGCUUCAAUGAAACUUAAGCUUGGGAUUAGAUCAAUAGGUGAAGCAGGAAAGCAUGCCUUCAACCAUAAUCGGCAGAUUAUUCAACUUGGGAAACUGGGAAAAGUUGAAGAGGCCAUCAGAAUCUUCUUUAACAUGACCCACAAAAACCUUGUAACAUACAAUUCCAUGAUAUCUGUGUUGGCCAAAAAUGCUAGAAUCAGAGAUGCUCGACAACUGUUUGAUCAAAUGUCCCUUAGAAACCUUGUUUCUUGGAACACCAUGAUUGCCGGAUAUCUUCACAACAAUAUGGUUGAAGAAGCCAGUGAGCUGUUCGACGUAAUGCCAGAAAGAGACAAUUUUUCAUGGGCUUUGAUGAUAACUUGCUAUACGCGUAAAGGGAAGCUUGAAAAGGCUAGAGAAUUGCUUGAGUUGGUUCCUGAUAAGUUGGACACUGCAUGUUGGAAUGCAAUGAUAGCCGGCUAUGCAAAGAAGGGCCAGUUCAAUGAUGCUAAGAAAGUGUUCGAGCAGAUGCCGGCAAAGGAUUUGGUUUCUUACAACUCAAUGUUAGCUGGAUACACACAAAAUGGGAAAAUGCAUUUAGCAUUGCAGUUUUUUGAGAGCAUGACUGAGAGGAAUGUGGUUUCAUGGAAUUUGAUGGUGGCUGGAUAUGUUAAGAGUGGUGACCUGAGUUCUGCUUGGCAAUUGUUUGAAAAGAUUCCAAAUCCUAAUGCUGUUUCUUGGGUUACAAUGUUGUGUGGGUUGGCAAAAUAUGGAAAGAUCGCAGAGGCCAGGGAACUUUUUGACAGGAUGCCCAGUAAGAAUGUGGUUUCUUGGAAUGCAAUGAUUGCAACCUAUGUUCAAGACUUACAAGUUGAUGAAGCCGUUAAGCUGUUCAAGAAAAUGCCACAUAAAGAUAGUGUAUCAUGGACUACAAUAAUUAAUGGGUACAUUCGAGUUGGUAAGCUUGAUGAAGCACGGCAAGUUUACAAUCAGAUGCCUUGCAAAGACAUCACAGCGCAAACAGCAUUGAUGUCUGGAUUAAUACAGAAUGGAAGGAUAGAUGAGGCUGAUCAAAUGUUUAGUCGAAUUGGUGCACACGAUGUUGUUUGUUGGAACAGCAUGAUUGCAGGCUAUUCACGGAGUGGAAGAAUGGAUGAAGCUCUCAAUUUAUUCAGACAAAUGCCCAUUAAGAACUCAGUUUCUUGGAAUACUAUGAUUUCUGGAUAUGCUCAGGCUGGACAAAUGGAUAGAGCAACAGAGAUCUUUCAGGCCAUGAGGGAGAAGAAUAUAGUUUCCUGGAAUUCUCUUAUUGCAGGUUUCCUACAAAAUAAUCUAUACUUGGAUGCUCUUAAGAGUUUGGUUAUGAUGGGGAAGGAAGGAAAGAAACCCGAUCAAUCAACUUUUGCAUGUACCUUAAGUGCAUGUGCUAAUCUUGCUGCUUUGCAAGUAGGCAAUCAACUCCAUGAAUAUAUUCUGAAGAGUGGUUAUAUGAAUGAUUUAUUUGUUGGCAAUGCCCUGAUUGCCAUGUAUGCAAAAUGUGGAAGGGUACAAAGUGCUGAACAAGUGUUCAGAGAUAUUGAAUGCGUUGAUCUCAUUUCCUGGAAUUCCUUGAUUUCGGGUUAUGCUUUGAAUGGAUAUGCAAAUAAGGCAUUUAAGGCCUUUGAACAGAUGUCAUCAGAGAGAGUGGUUCCUGAUGAGGUUACCUUCAUUGGGAUGUUGUCAGCAUGCAGUCAUGCUGGUUUAGCAAAUCAGGGUUUGGAUAUAUUUAAAUGUAUGAUUGAAGAUUUUGCUAUUGAACCCUUGGCAGAACACUACAGCUGCCUUGUUGAUUUGCUUGGCCGCGUCGGUAGGCUAGAGGAAGCCUUCAAUACAGUGAGGGGGAUGAAGGUGAAAGCAAAUGCUGGAUUAUGGGGUUCACUGCUUGGGGCCUGUCGUGUACACAAAAACCUUGAACUUGGAAGAUUUGCUGCCGAGAGGCUUUUUGAACUUGAACCACAUAAUGCCUCCAAUUACAUUACCUUGUCAAACAUGCAUGCUGAGGCUGGCAGAUGGGAAGAGGUUGAAAGAGUAAGGAUGCUAAUGAGAGGCAAAAGAGCUGGAAAGCAACCUGGUUGCAGCUGGAUUGAAGUGCAAAAUCAGAUACAACAUUUUCUGUCGCAUGAUCCGGCAAAGCUCAGACCUAAAAAUAUUCAGAUUAUAUUGAAUACUUUAGCUGCACAUAUGAGGGAUAAGUGUAACACAUCUGACAUGAAAUCAGCUUUUGACAUAUUAUGAUUGGAAUUACCCUCAACCUACUCACACCUUCACAGCUUUAGAAUUACAUUGAAAAUGUAAAUUGAAUUCCUAAUGUAUUGUUUGAUAAUUUUCCUUCUUUAAAUAUUAUGAAAGUUAUGGUGGAAUGGUGGAUCAGCAACAUGCAUAAGUGAGGAUUUAAAUAAAUUGAAUAAAUUCUUAUUAAAUUGAGUCGAGUUCAA